AUGCCCGGAUCCCGAUGGAGGCGGCUUCUUUUGAGGCCGUGGCAGAAAGAGGCUCUGCAAGCGUUGUUCCAGCAGAACCGGUACCCUGGCAUCACCACCAGAGAACGACUGGCCCGAGAGCUAGACAUUCCAGAGUCCAGGAUCCAGGUGUGGUUCCAGAACGAGCGCACCAGACAGCUCAGGCAGAGCCGAUUGGCGUCUGCAAACUCCCAAGGGGAAGGGCCAUCGUGUGGACAGGAACAGUCUCCAGCUUGGACUCCAGGUGAGUCCCCAGUCUACCAAACGAGUCUCUUCUGGAGCUUCUCCUUCACGCAGGAACGGCUCCUUUCAGAACGUUUCCCAAAGGAGGACAGGAGAAAACGGACAGCCAUUUCUCCAUCCCAAACCAGUCUCCUCCUUCAAGCCUUUGAGAAGAACCCAUUUCCUAGCAUUACUACCAGAGAACAGCUGGCCAGACUCACAGGCCUCCCGGAAUGCCGCAUUCAGGUCUGGUUCCAGAACAGAAGAGCUCGGCACCCAGGGCAGAGCAGAAGUGGCCCCUCGAAUGACCGGGCGGCAAACCAGGAAGCCAGGGAAUGCCAGCGGCAACAGGAGCACCCUGGCUUGGUACCCGUGCCCUUCCAAGGCUAUCCCCUGUCUCCAGAUGACAAUCCUUGCCAACCAGUACAGGAGGCAGGGCCCUUGGGUAGCCACUAUGCCCCACAGUGGUUGGGCAAGGGGUCCGGAAUUGUCGUGAGCACAGGACAGGCUCCGGAUGCAGCAGCUGGGCAGCCUGCACACGCUGAGACCCCUGGCUGGCGGUGGAAGGCCCCCCCUGCUGCUGGGCUCACUAGUGCACUGGACCCACAGCACCCAUCUUCUGCAGAAGCCUCAAGUUUCUUAGAGGAGUUUCUAUCAGCCACAGAGAGGGAAGAAGACACACAGCCUUAUCCGAGUGGGCAUCUGUGGCAGGAGGAGCCUCCGGGACCCUUGGAAGCACCCCUCAGUGAGGACGAGUUUCAGGACCUGCUGGCCAUGCUGCACGAUUCCACAUGGCCUCACGCCUAG